AUGACUCCCCGCGUAAACAUAUCGAACGUAUGGUUUUUACCACAGGAAAAUUUUCCAGUUUUUUACCGGUUUUUUAAUAAUAAAGUAACGUGGAACGAAGCCGAAGCCAUUUGCGGAUUUCAUCACGCCGAUUUACUUUCAGUUCAAAACAAUGUUCAAAUGGAUGCGGCUCGAGCUUAUUUAAAAGAACUCGACGUCACCGACAACAUUUGGAUAGGAUUAAGAAAAGAAUCGUCGGAAAAACCAUUUUCGUGGACAAACGGUGAAAAACUAUUGGGCGACGGUUAUUGGUUGGAACCCAUACCGAAAACGAACGAAAGAUUAUGUGCCGCCAUUGAUCCGAUUUCUGAUUUUCGUUGGAAUAGUUAUUAUUGCCGGGGUCCUCAAAUGGCAUCGUUUGUUUGCGAGCUACCAGUACCGGAAUGGACCAAAAAAGAAGAUGGUUGUAUGAUAACGUCACUUCCGAGUUUAACUGUUACUUUCAUACCGGAAAUGAAUAUCGUUCAAUUGUUUUCCGAUUGCGGUUUGGAUGGUACACGAAGAAUUGCUUGCAAGGGUGGCGAAGAUCGUGAAAAAUUAAUGAAAAGAUUAUCUUGCGACGAAGAUGCAUUUGCGAGUACGUUUUUCAAUAAGUUAACAACGGAUGCAUUUAACGACGAUAAAAAUCGCGAGACUUCCGGUGCGAAUAACAACAACAACAACAACAACAACAAUUCGAAAUUGAAAAAUCGCAACACCGGAAAUUCGGAAUCGUUGAAAUCUUUGUCGGCGUAUUUUUCACAAACGAGACACAGACGAGACGUAAAUUCUUCGACUUUGAUUUCCGAUGUUGUCACACCUGUCGAAUCAUCGACCCAAAUAACAUCAACGCAAGAUCCAAACGUUUUAAAAGUCCCCCCUCCUCAGAGUUCUUUUCCACAUCCCCCACAUUUACCGUUUGAAAAACAUUCAUCUCAUGUCGUCGUGACAAAAGCAUCGACGACGACGACGACGACAACGACGACGACGGAAAAUCUAACGACUUUGACACAGAACACGGUUAGUUUGACAACGAACGAAAUCGAUCAUACACCUAAUAACAAUAUGACGUCACAGGCACAAGUCACGAAAAGCAACGGCACAAUAUCACAUCCCACGAAACCUUUUAAGGAUAACAAAACGUUUCUUUUGAGCCCGGUUAAAAUUAACGACAAAGAUACAAACGACAAAACAUCGGCACCAAUGAUGGUUGGAAAAGAAUUGCCCACGCUAAUAAUAACAAGUGAAAAAAGUAACGAAACAUUACCCGACAACAGCAACAGCAACAGCAAUAAUAAUUCAUCAUCCGAUAAUCCACAAUUGGUAUUUAUGAUAGAUGAAAAAGAAGGUGAAAAUUUUGCUGAAUCUUAUUUGGUGCCAUUGAAUGUUGAUACGAUGAUAAAUAAUUCGCCCAUGUCUCCGAUGGAAGUUAUUAACGUCGAUUUGGUUGAAAUAGAUAAUUUCACAACGGUUAAAAAUAACAACAAUUCGACCGAACAAACAAGUCAAAUCCCGUUAACCGCGACGGCGACGACGACAACGACGACAAACACGCCACAAAUCCAUCACGGAGUUCAUCCGUUACGAAUGGGUGAAAAAAUUAACAAUAACGUCACUAAUAUGUCAAACGAAAAGAAAAACGAUCCGACUCCGACGGUUACGACGACUACUUUAAACACCGUUUCCGGUACUUACAAUACACAAAAUCACAUCAUGACGUCAUCGAGUAAACAAACGGAUGUUUUAGUUACCGAAAAAACCGAUAGAGCGCCGAGAAACGCCAUUGAUUUCGUUAAGGAUAAUAACGAAUAUGAAUAUCCACAGAGGCCGAAUAGAGGAAGGCUUAUCGUACAUUCAAAUCCUCCAUCUUUUUAUCCAUAUAUUUUUAGCAAACUCAUAGGUUGA